AUGAGGCCAACCCCCGACUCGGAUAGCAGUGCGGCCACCUCUCGGGCACUAUCACCAGCAUCUCUAAGACCGUCCCGCUUUCCAUCGCCGCUUCCCUCGUCCAGCAUACCGCGGCAGCCACGCACCUGUGCUGUGUUGCAACAGCGCGACACCGUGAAAGCACCCACAUCUGCAUAUCAUGGUCCACCAGAAAAGCGCCCUCACAUUCCGCCACUGGAACCAUCGUCUGCGUCUCUCACGGCCGCAAUUCGACUGCUAUUGUGGUCUCAUCGGAACCCAGCCGUCCUCGCCUACACGUUCGCCUGUCCUCAGCGCCCCGCUGCCUCAUCUUUACCAGAACCGCGGCAGCUGUUAACCCAAACCGUCGUAUGA